AUGAGGAGAAUGGAGGUGGAUGCAUCAGUGGUCCAGUGGUGUGUGGACUAUCUGUCCCACAGGCCGCGGUUUGUGCGUCUGCAGAGUUGUGUCUCAGAUACCAUCCUGAGUAGCACAGGGGCACCACAGGGAACAGUAUUGGCACCAUUCCUCUACACCAUCUACACUGCAGAUUUCAAGCAUAACACCAGCAACUGCUUUCUCCAGAAAUUCUCAGAUGACACAGCAGUUGUCAAUCUGAUUCAGGGACAAGACGAGGAGGAGUACAGAGGAACAUCGGGGAGACGUCCACCAGUCCAGCAGGUGACCGAGGACAGGAUGCCCUCAAAGCUCCAACAUGUCUCAGCCCCUCCCUGCCCUGGAGGUGAUCACCUGGAGCACCUUCAGUCACAGGCUGCUGGCACCGAGGUGCAAUCAGACAAGUCAAAGGCUGUCAAGUUGAAGGAGUUAACUGUGCUCAGGGAAACCAACAUGGAAUGGUCAUAUGAGAGAGAGCUGGCCGGGUACAGCAAGCUGAAAGAUCAGUGUGAUGACCAGGGAGGGAUGUACUCUGAUGAGCAGAAAUGCUUCACCUGUGACUCCCGGCUGCCCUACAAUCGCCAUAGCAACCCCAACAGCCACCUCGUCAAGAACAUCAUCACGAUGUUUGAGCCAGAGCGAAAAAUGAAAUGGUGGCAGUCUGAGAACGGAGUUCAUCGAGUCAGUAUCCAACUUGACCUGGAGACCGUGUUCCAGUUCAGCCACCUGGUCCUCACCUUCAAGAGUUUCCGUCCUGCAGCCAUGUUGGUGGAACGGUCCAAAGACUACGGGCGAACAUGGAAGGUUUAUCGUUACUUUGCAGAGGACUGUCCUCUUCAUUUCCCCGAAGUUUCUGCGCACAUGGCUGAUAGUGUGGAUGAUGUCAUAUGUGACAGCCGGUACUCUGGUUCUGAACCAUCCUCUGAAGGAGAGGUGGUGCUGAAAGCUUUGGAUCCAAUAUUUGAAAUUGAAGACCCGUAUGCACACCAUAUCCAAGAACUGAUCACCAUAACCAACAUACGGGUCAACUUCACCCGUCUCUUUACGCUGGGUGACACCUUGUUGAGUCGGAGGCGCAGGAAUCCUCAGAACAAAUAUUACUACGCUUUGUAUGACAUGGUGGUCCGCGGAAGCUGCUUCUGUAAUGGACACGCCAGCGAGUGUGUGCCGGUGGACGGAGGCCGCGGAGACGUCUUCAGUCAGCCUGGCGUGGUCCACGGCCACUGUGUUUGCCAACAAAACACAGCUGGUGAAAACUGUGAGAGGUGCCAGGACUUCCACCAUGACUCCCCCUGGAGGCCAGGAGGACAAGCAGGACCUGAGAUUUGCAGAUGGUGCAACUGUCAUGGCCACUCUGACUCAUGUCAUUUUGACUCUGCCCGCUAUGAGGCGACAGGUGGUAUUAGUGGCGGUGUGUGUGAUUACUGCCGCCAUGAGAGGGUGGGACCCCAGUGUGAGCGUUGUCGACCAUUCCUGUACCAGGAUCCCCAGAGGACGCGAGAAGACCCGCAUGCCUGCAUACCUUGUGACUGUGACCUGUCUGGAUCACAGGGUGGUGGACUUUGCGACUCGCUGAGUGGUCUGUGUCUCUGCAAGGAGAAUGUAGAAGGUCGGUGCUGUGACCGCUGCAAAUACGGAUUCUUUGGUCUGCGACAGGAUGACCCGGCCGGCUGUCAGGCAUGCAGGUGCCACACUGUGGGAAGUGUUGGGUCAUGUGACCAGCUGACAGGAAGCUGUCACUGUGACCUUUAUGCCACUGGACCGCUCUGUGACCGCUGUCAGGAAGGUUUUUGGGGUUUGUUAAACUCACAGUUGAAAUGUUCGCCCUGCGACUGUGACAUCGGAGGAGCACGAAGUCACACGUGCUUUCCAGGUAAUGGGCAGUGUGAGUGUUUACCAAACAUGGUUGGCCGCCGCUGUGAUGACCCUGCCCAUCGACACUUUCUGCCUGCGCUGGACUACUUCCUGUAUGAGGCGGAGUUCGCUGCUCCAUUGGAGUACCAGAGACCUGUCCUGCCCACUCCCAAUCCUUUGCCCGCUCCUUCCCCACCUCCUGCGUCUCCUCUUCCACCUCCUUCUUCACCUCUGCUCAACCCAUUUGUGCUCCCGAAGUGUGAGCAGUACUUCAGAGAGCAGGGAUACGACUUCAAGUUCACCAAUGGACGUGUUGUCCUUGUCCGUCAGACUCUCCCACAGGCUCGUCACCACAGACAGAAUGAGCAAACCAGUGUCCCUCUGGAACCGGGCCACGCUCUGCAGAUCGUCCCCCGCCAGAGGACCUCAGGGAAACUGCUCACCUGGACCGGCCCGGGAUUUGUCAGAGUUCAAGAAGGGGCGGGGCUGAGGUUCACCAUCAACAACCUUCCAUCCUCUAUGAACUACCAGCUGGUCAUCCGCUAUCAGCCUGAGGACUCAUCGGAUUGGCUGGCUUCACUCACUGUUAUUCCACUGUCACCCGGCAACAGUGUCUGCAGCAGCGACCCAACAGGAAGUCAAGCUGUAGUUCUUCCUGGAACCAGCAGGAGUGUAAUUCUGGAGAUUCCACUGUGUUUGAAUGAAGGUGGACAAUACUUUGUGCACGUGAGCCUGAAGAAGCAGCUGGACUCUGAUCGGACUCUUGGCUCCCACAUCCUCCUCGACUCGAUCGGUUUGAUUCCCACCAUCGAGUCAGUUGAGGACUUCUGCUCCCAGAGUGACCUGGAAUCUUUCCGCCGUUUUCGCUGUGUUGGAUUGGCUGCCACACUUGAUCCAGAGGAAUCCCUGCCUGAAGUGUGCCAAGGUCUCAUCAAGAGCUUGUCUGCCCGAGUCCAUAAUGGAGCCGUUCCUUGUAGGUGUGAUGCUGUGGGUUCUCUGGGGCCGUCCUGCACUAAACUGGGCGGGUUCUGUGACUGUAAACCCAACGUGAUCGGGCGUUGCUGUGACACCUGUGCACCGCUGACAUUUGGAUUUGGACCAAGUGGCUGUAAACCCUGUGACUGUGACCCUCACGGUUCCCUGUCAGAGCUGUGUGAUCAGGUCAAAGGGCAGUGUGCAUGCCGGUCACAGGUCGAAGGUCGCCGCUGUAAUCGCUGUCAGCCUGGACACUGGGGUUUCCCACAGUGUCGAGUCUGUGAAUGCAACAGACAGUCUGAAGAAUGUGACCAGCAGACCGGCGAGUGUCAGAAUUGCAGAGAUCAUACAACUGGACCAAACUGUGACAGGUGUGUUGAAGGAUACGUUGGAAAUCCAACUUCUCGACAGCCGUGUCGGCCCUGCCUGUGUCCAGACAUUCUGGGGAGUCAAAGAUUCUUUGCCACUUUCUGCCAGCAUGACCCAGAAUCUGACAGUCCAGCCUGCGUCUGCUGGAAGGGACACACAGGUUCACGCUGUGACAGGUGCAGUCCCGGGUUCUAUGGAGACCUGAACCUGCCAGGAUCCCGCUGUGACGAGUGUCCCUGCAACAACAACGUUGAUCCUAAUGAUCGCAACGCCUGCAAUGAUGUCACAGGGGAGUGUCUGCACUGUCUCCACAACACAACAGGCCUGCGCUGCCAAAACUGCAAGCCUGGUUACUAUGGUGACGCUGUGAACCGGAACUGCAAAGAAUGCUCCUGCGACCGUCGAGGUACAGAGGUGACACAGUGUCCUCUGGGGAGUCCCUGCUUCUGCAACUCACAGACGGGACAGUGUCCCUGCAGGGCCGGUGUGACCGGGGUUCUCUGUGAUCAGUGUGAGGAUGGCUACUGGAACAUGGGCGGGGCUUCAGGCUGUCAGCCCUGCAGCUGUGAUCCUGCUCACACAUUUUCAAACAUCUGCCAUAAGGUGACGGGCCAGUGUCCCUGUCAUCCAGAGUUUGGAGGACGGCGAUGUGACGAAUGUGCGGAAAAUCAUUUUGGGAAUCCAGACCUGCAGUGUAUCCCGUGUGACUGCAACAUGGAGGGAACCAGGCGCCCAUCAUGUGACUCGGAGACUGGUGAGUGUCUUUGUCGGGAUGGUGUCACAGGAAUCUUCUGCGAUGAGUGUGCCCCUGGCUACGAGUCCACUUUUCCAUCGUGUGCAUCAUGCCACGUUUGCACCAGCCUCUGGGCUGCGAAUGUCACUGAUGUCCAGCAUGCCACCCAGAAGAUGCACACUUUCUUACCCCGCCAUGGUGAUAUCUCACUGGGACACAGGCGCCACCAGGAGCAGAUACUGGAAAUGCACUCCAAGUUGGAUGGCCUCACAAACCUGACCGGACUUUGCCCACCACAAGUGGAGAAGGUGGAAACGCUCUGUUUAAAGAUUAUGAAACUCAAAGACAGCAUUGAUCCCAACAGGAUCCUGAUUGAUCCAUCAUCUGUCUUGAUCAGUGAAAUGAACAACAUUCAAGAUGGGUUCAAGCGGCUCCUGAGCCACCUGAAAGAGAAAACUGCAGAGGAACCGCAGCCGUCUGAAGAUGUGAAAGAGUCGAUGGAUGAGAUCCAAAAACUACAUCAGAGCUUCAUGUCAGAUGAGAAGAGGGUAAGAAAUGCUAAGAAAUCUGUGGAGGACUCCAUGGACACCAGACAGGAUGUUAGAGACAAACUGAGCAUGAACAGCAACAGAGGAGAGCUGGCACCGCUGGACAAGAAGGUCCAAGCACUCAGUGUUGCAAAUCUCAACCAAAUUAUCUGUGGAGGACCAGGUGUUGACAAUUGCUCACAGUCAGAGUGUGGUGGUGCCCUCUGUAGGAAAUGCGGGGGUCCAAAGUGUCAAGGAGUCAUACCUGUCAGCGACAAAGCUUCUGAAACAGCAAAGCAAGCGGGAGACAAGCUUGAUGCACUGCCAUACAGACUCAAUGCAUCCAAGAAAAAGAUUAAUGAUGUCGGACAGAUGACUCAGGACAUGAAGAUGCUGACCAAAGAUCUUAAGGACCACAUCAACAAGAACAAAGAUGGUCUGGAGCAAGACAUAACUAGAAUUAAGGAGCUCAUCAAAGAUGUCAGAGACUAUCUGAGGGAUGAAAUGGUUCUUCCAGAAGACAUUGAGCAGAUGGCCAAAGCUGUGCUGGACAUCCAGUUGCCAAGAUCACCAAACCAGGUCCAGUCUCUGAUCAGCGACAUCAAAAAAGUGCUUUCCAAUGCUUUGAACUUCCCAGAAGACCUGAAGAACCUGCAGGAACAUGCCAAGACAGCAGAGGAGCUCUUGCAGAAAGCGCAUGACCUCCGAGAGCAGACGAAGGGCAUUGAUGUGACAGAGAUCAAUGGAGAUAUUUACAAAGCAGAAAACGCUCAGGACAAAGCCAAUGACGACCUGCAUAAAGCGAGCCUCAACAAGGACAUGACAAAAGAUCAAAUACAAAGUAUGGUUGACAUGUUGGAUGGGACUAACAGCAAGUUUAACAGGAAGCACCCUAAAGAUCUGCUGACGGAGAUUGAAGCGGUGAAGAAGAAGAUGGAGCUGAACAGGGAGCAAGCGGAGUUGGCCAAAGACGCUGCAGACUCGGCUUUAAACAGUUCUACAGAUGCAGAAACACAGGUGAAGGACGUGCUGAAGAGGUUUGAGGUUUUAAAGCGCAACAGUUCAAACCUCACGCUUCAGGAUGAAUCCAGCAAACGACUGAACAACAUCACACAGGAGGCCGAAACACUGAGGACACGUGUGGAAGACAAACUGAGACAAAUCCAAGAUUUGGAGAACAAAAUCCAGCAGCUGCUCAUCAGGAAGCAAGAGAAAAAGGCUGAGGUCACCACAUUGCUGGAGAUGGCGAAUGACCUUCGUCAGAAUAUCACCAAACAAACUGAAGACUAUGUGAAAUGCUAAAGCACAGCGCCUGCUACAGUACCACAUCUAAAGCACCUGUUUUGCCAUUCUUCUUUAUCAUAUAAUCUUUGGACCUUCAAAACGAUUGUUCAUGUAUUGUGUUUUGUGCUUUAGAUCUUCUCUUUGUGACAGACAUUAAUAAGGUGAAUAUAAGUUUACGUUUUCAUAUUGGUGAAAAGACGAUUUCUUCUACUUCAUACAUUAAAUACUCAAAUAUGAGUGGAUGUUUUCCUCCCAGAAAAUGUCACAAUGUUUUAGUCCAUUUUUUGGCUGUUAAUGGAACAUCAUAGUCACGGCUGUUCACAUGUUUUCUGAUGAAUGUGCUCGUCGUUUCCUCUCACAGCCUGUUACCGUACGGUCACAUGAGCUCCACGUGGCAGCAAGCGACGAGCUGCCACUCACCUUCAAUCAGAGCGAGCGUUUCACAGUGACAAAAUGCAACCGUCACUAUGCCGCCAGGGAGGCGGGGUCAAAAUAAACAAAAAGUCUAUUUUAUAUUGCAGCAG